CUGGCAUCCUUUUAUAAUGCGGCUUCAUCCUCAACCGACAGGAGAUCUUUGAGAGAGGUCUCAAGGCAAUUAUGGAAGUGAACACCUCAUCUGAUCACAUCAACACAACACAUGAAUAUGGAAACAAUGACACUGAGUAUGACUAUUUUGAUCAGUAUGCUGAGCUGAGAAAGUCUCUUCACACCAUGUCGCUCAUCGUGUACAGCCUGGCCUUCUUUUUUGGCGUGCUGGGGAAUGGAGUUGUUAUCUGGAUGACCGGGUUCAAGAUGAAGAAAACCGUUAACACAGUUUGGUUUCUCAACCUUGCCGUGGCCGACUUCCUCUUCACGGCGUUCCUGCCCCUGAAUGUGACAUACCUGGCUAUGGAUUUCCACUGGCCUUUCGGCAAGUUCAUGUGCAAACUGAACAGCACGUUAAGCUCCCUCAACAUGUUCUCCAGCGUCUACAUUCUGGUGGUGAUCAGUGUGGACAGAUGUGUGUCUGUGGUGUGGCCCGUCUGGGCCCAGAACCACCGAAGUGUACGCAAGGCGUCCGGUGUGAGUCUGGGUGUUUGGGUACUGGCUCUGAUUCUCAGCGCUCCAUACUUCGUCUUCAGGGACACAGGGCCGUCAUUUAUCAAAGAUGACAUCAUUGUCUGCUUCAACAACUUUGCCCUUUCUGAUGAUUAUGAAACACCGUCUGUGAUCGAGCUGCAAAAUUUUCGUUUCCAGGCCAUGACCAUCACCCGCUUCCUCCUGGGAUUUGUUGUCCCCUUCACUGUCAUUGUCUCCUGUUAUGCUGUGAUAAUCCAUCAUCUCAGAAGAAACCGCACCCUGGCCAGCCAGUUAAGUCGGACCUCUAAGAUUAUUGCUGCUGUUAUCACUGCUUUUUUCCUGUGCUGGGCCCCUUACCACAUCUUGGUUGUAAUUGAAAUGGUAAAUUUCACUGCAACCAGUCCAAGUCUAGCUUUAGACCAUGUCAUCAUUGCCGGGAUCCCUAUAACCACCAGCCUGGCCUUUAUCAACAGUUGCUUGAACCCACUGCUGUAUGUUUGCAUGGGCCAAGAUUUCAAAGAUAAAGUCCGCAAAUCCAUCCUGAAUGCACUGGAGACUGUCUUCCAGGAAGAGGUUUCUGGCUCUCACACUGAUGCAAAGUCAGUGGACACCAGUCACAGCAAAGACAAGUCAGUGCUUAGUACUGAGGUGUAAGAAGCUGUGAGCCCCUCUACCACCAUAAUGUUGUGAUUUAAUGAUGUGGCUUAGAAAUAAUGAUUUGAUGACUAUUUUAAUUAAUAUUAAGGAAUAUCAAGGUGGCAAGGAAAAACUCCCUUUUAAAACCUUGAGCAGAACCAGGCCCUGGGUGGGUGGGCAUCUGCCUCGAGCGGUUGGCUUGAGUGAGAACAUACAGUAGCACAAAGCAAGUUCCACACAGAGAUGUAACGUGUCGCUACAGCUCCAGAGGUAAGAUAAGGCAACAGGUGGAGAAAGGAGAGAGAUGAGAAAGCACAAAACUACAGGAGAGAGAAGAUGUCGAGUGAGUAACAUGCAGUUAUGGGAUAAGUAUUUGUACAGAUAGAGCGGGAGAGGAGGCGAGAGGAGCUUGGUGCAUUUUGGGAAAGAAUAAGAAUAGCGAAUAGUGUAAAUGAAUGUAUGGAACAGGCCUGAGCUGUAUGGUCAUUUUCACUGCAUAUAUCACACUGAAAUAUAUUUCUUGUUGUGCAUUGCUGCUUUGUGGUGACACCAUGAUCCACCUGAAUUUUGACUGCUGGUUUGAUAAAUAUGAAUACUUUUGAUUGAAAUGUCACACACAUAUCUAUGUAAGACUGUGGGCAUGAAUAUUGUCACAUGUUAUAUGUGCCUGUCUGCAAAAGCUUCUUUGAUUUGAUUUUUAUUUCAAGUCUAAAUAGUAAUGAUGAUGAUAUGAUGAUUAUCAUUAUGAUUGUUAUUGCAGUUUUUUUAGUUUUUUUCCAUCAUUAUUUUCCAUCACAAAAUAUUAUUUGGACUUGACUAUUCUCCACCCAUUAUGCACACUGGGUAUUAUAUAAUUUCACAAAAGAUUGUGCGUUGAAUAUGUUCUCUUGAAUCGUGUCAUAUAUAAGAUAUGUAAGAUAUAAGACAUAUAUAACAUAUUUUAUCGAUACAUGGAGAAUAAAGAUGGGAAAUGGGACUAGUCUGGCAAUUGGACUUGACAUUAUCAUAUUUUAAGGGGGUGGUGAAGCCGUGAGUCACAUAGGAUGAUGAAAACAUGCUACUAGCCUUUCCAAAACUGGAAACUAAGUCUGGCCUAAAAAAAAAAUCUCAUGAAAACAUUUAGACACUUCUGUAUAAUUUCACAGUGUAUUUUUCUGUCUGAAAAGUAUUUAAUUUAAUCCUUUGUCACUAAUAAAUUAUAAAGAGUA